GUUGGAAACUUUGACAAAAGUACUUGUCUAAACCCCAAAAGCUCAAGCACACCCCACCACGCCCUCCCUGCAGCAUCAAACUGCCAUUUUCUAUCACUCCCGUCCAACCCAAAUAAUCUAAAAAACCUCUCUUUACUUUCUCCCAUGGAAAACGAACCCUUUCUCUCCUCCCUGCAACAACAACCCCCACUCGAACCCAUCAUUGAGCUCCACCAUGAUUUCUCUUUCAACAACCUUCCCCCUCCCCUCACCGACCCAAUCACCCUCCUCUUCCAACAAAACGAAAUACACCAAGACCCACAACCCUCCUCCUCCUCUUCCUCCGGACCCAGAAACGCCCCGACCCGAAAACCCAGCAUUCUGACCCGAUGCAAGACCGCCCCGGCCAUGGCAGUCAUGCGGGACCUCAAACCCAAGACGGCCCAGGUCCCGAAACCUCAGUCCGAGACCAGCUCCAUCAUCAAGCAAGCUGCUUUGUUACUCGUCAUGUACCUCUCUCUCGGCGUUGUGAUAUACUCUUUCAACAGGGACAAGUUCUCCGGAACUGAGACUCACCCGGUUGUGGAUGCUCUCUACUUUUGUAUAGUCACUAUGUGCACUAUCGGGUAUGGCGACAUUGCUCCGCAAACGCCGCUGACCAAGGUGUUCUCGUGUGUCUUUGUGUUGGUGGGUUUUGGGUUUAUCGACAUCUUGCUUAGUGGGGUGGUUAACUAUGUGCUCGACUUGCAAGAGAAUAUAAUCUUGACGGGGAUUCAAAUGAGUCAUCAUCAUGGCCACGGCGGCAGAAGCCACCGUGGGUUUUCGGACUACAUUGUCGAUGUGGCCAAGGGGAGGAUGAGGAUCAGGCUCAAGGUGGGUCUGGCGCUUGGUGUGGUGGUCAUGUGCAUUGGCGUUGGGGCUUUGGUUCUGUGUUUUAUGGAGGAUUUGGAUUGGAUUGAUUCUGUUUACUUGUCUGUUAUGUCGGUUACGACCGUUGGGUAUGGGGACAAGGCCUUCAAGACGCUGCCGGGGCGGCUGUUCGCGGCGGUUUGGCUUUUGUUUUCGACGCUGGCAGUGGCCAGAGCGUUUUUGUAUUUGGCGGAGGCGAGGGUGGAUAAGAGACAUAGGAAAAUUGUGAAUUGGGUUUUGCAUAGGGAGAUCACUGUCCAGGAUUUGCUUGCUGCUGACAUCAACAACCAUGGCUUCAUUAGCAAAUCAGAGUACAUUGUGUACAAGCUCAAAGAGAUGGGAAAGAUAGAUGAGAAAGAUAUAAUGCAAAUCUGUGAUCAGUUCAGUAAGCUUGACACAAACCACUCUGGGAAGAUAACACUGCCCGAUUUGUUGGAGACGCGCUUCUAACUAGAAAAAAAUGUAGGCUGGUUUAUGUGAAGGCCAGGAGUACAGAUGCAUUCUGGCGAAAGAAUGGAGAUGUCGAUGAGGAAAGCCUGUAUAUUUGUAUUUUUGACAAAUCUUUGGAUGAAUGAAUAACCUGGUGCCAUGCCUUGCUAAAGAUGAAUUGCUGUAUAUAUAGACAUUAUUCAAUUCCGAAGGAGGAACACUAUUCAUGAAGAACCUGGCUACCGGCUGAGUUGGAUUUUCGCCGGGUCUUCAUCCUGUUUCCCUUUUUAAAACUGUAACAUAUGAAAUGAAAAGGGGAUAAAAACUUAUGUGCAUUCUUUAAUUUGAUGGGCAUUAUUCUCAUGAAGGCUUUGAAUUGCCUUAUACGGU